GAAAAAAUGGCUGCACCAGGAACGUCAAAAGUUGUUUUUGUAAUUUCACCUGUGCUGGUGUGUUGGGCUCCUCACGAAGCAGAAAUCUGCGAGCAGCUGUCAGUGAAUCAGUUAAUGGCGUGUCACGGCGAACGUUAGCGAAAUUCCAUCCUACGGCACAUCGUACGUUAGCGUAAAAUAUAAACAAUGACGGUGACGGGAAUCCUACCAACAUAUCAGCGGUUCGUGAACGGUGUCCCCGUGCCGUUUUCCAGGCGGUCCUUCAGGCCUAGGGAAAAAUACGUAGUAUUCCUAGUGAUCGUCACGUUCAGUUUAGUAUGUUUCGGUACGAUAUUUUUCCUGCCCGAAUUAAGGACUGGCGGCACGGCCGAGAGUGUUUACAAAGUGUACGAUUCGAUAAAGAGAGCUGGCCCGGAGCUCCUCAUCCCGCCGCCUCCGAUAGACGACGUCAAGGAGGCGCCUAAACUGCUGAGGCACGAGGAGGACUUCAAGGUAGAUCCUCACCUCGUAGGAGACAGGGCCAAGCUCAAAGCCAAAAUCGAGCAGGACAAUGAAUUAAAAGUGCUAGAACGACCCGAUAUCGGUAAGCCUAAAACGUCUUCGACGACGAAAAAGGACCUUUUCGAGCCGAUAAAGGGUGUUGAAGACUUUAAAGACGCCGUCACCGUACCCCCAUCGUUCAGCGGUAGUUAUCCUUUAAUUUCCGGGGGCGAAGAUGAUACUGCCUUAGCCAGGGAACGUAGAGAUAAAGUCAAAGAGAUGAUGAAGCACGCUUGGGACAACUACGUGCGAUACGCGUGGGGUAAGAACGAACUGAGGCCGGUGAGCAAACGAGGACAUUCCGGGAGCAUUUUCGGUUCGAUGCCAUUGGGAGCGACCAUCCUCGACGGUUUGGACACGUUGUACAUCAUGGGCAUGAAGGAGGAGUUCAAGCAAGCCCGAGAUUGGGUGGCCAACGAAUUGGACAUCAACCAAGUGGUAUCCGACGUGUCCGUGUUCGAAGUAAACAUCAGAUUCGUGGGCGGACUGUUGGCGUGCUUCGCCCUCACCGGCGAUACCGUCUUCCGUGACAAGGCCCAACUAAUCGCCGAUAAGUUAUUGCCGGCGUUCGACACCCCCACGGGCAUACCGAACGCUCUCGUCAACUUCAAAACCGGGUCUAGCAAAAAUUACGGCUGGGCCAGCGGCAGUUCGAGCAUCCUCUCCGAAUUCGGUACGCUCCACCUGGAAAUGUCUUACCUCAGCGACGUCACCGGGAAAUCGGUUUACCGGAACAAAGUCGAUCACGUACGGAAAGUGCUGCAGGACAUGGAGAAACCCAACGGAUUGUACCCGAACUACCUCAACCCCAAAAGCGGAAAAUGGGGUCAACAUCACAUGUCCGUGGGAGCGUUAGGCGACAGUUUUUACGAGUAUUUGCUGAAGGCUUGGUUGCAAUCGAACAAGGAAGAUAACGAAGCCAGGCAAAUGUUCGACGAUUCCAUGGCGGCUAUUUUCCAACACAUGCUGAAGACUUCUCAAAACGGACUGAUGUAUUUCGCUGAAUUGAAAUUCGACCGACCGGAGCACAAAAUGGAUCACUUAGCCUGUUUUUCUGGCGGCUUAUUAGGAUUAGCUUCAAAAACCCUCAACAAUGAAGUCUCCAGUAAAUACAUGAAAGUAGCCGGUGAGAUAACGCGCACCUGUCACGAAUCGUACGACAGGACGCCGACGAAAUUGGGCCCGGAAUCGUUCCGAUUCACCGAAGGCUCCGAGGCCAGGGCGUUGAAGACGUCGGAGAAGUACUAUAUUCUAAGGCCCGAAGUAAUCGAAACGUACUUCUACAUGUGGAGAUUGACCAAAGACAACAAAUACAGAGAUUGGGGCUGGGAGGCGGUGCAAGCUCUAGAGAAACACUGCAGAGUGCCCGGCGGGUACACGGGCUUGAAGAACGUGUACGCUGACGAGCCCCAACAGGACGACGUCCAACAGAGUUUCUUCCUCGCUGAAACUUUGAAGUAUCUGUACCUCCUCUUCUCCGAUGAUAAUUUGAUCUCGCUAGAUGAAUGGGUGUUCAAUACGGAGGCUCAUCCGCUGCCAAUUAAGGGUGUGAAUCCGUUUUAUCGAGAAUCAGUGCAUUAACAUCACCUUUUAUUAUAAAAUCGACUGAUAUAGAAACAAUUACUAAUUAACUAAUUAAUUUAUUUGAACAGAUGAGAGAUAAUAUAUGUACAGUAAAGAUUUAAAGUGAUUAUUUUGAUGUGAAGUGUGUCCCAAAUAACUGAUUUUUUUCUACAUUUAAACAUUCCUAUUGAAACUAAUUUAUAUAGUUACCAAUUAAAGCUCUAUUUUUAGAAAAAAUAAACAUAAUUUCCUGGUUUAUAGAUGUUUACCUAUUUUCAGUAAUUUUAAAUACUCCGACUUUAUUCGUAAUUUAAAAUAUAUAACGAUAUGAAAGUAGUGAUAACAGUUAAACUGGGCAUUAUUUCAUUUUUUCUAUUUAUACUAGCAUAGGCAGCUCUUUAAACCGUUUAAAUUAUUAAACAACCCUUAGGAAAUGAACUUGCUAUUUUGGGACACAACUUGUAUGCAAAGGGAAAGGGUUGUAAAGUUACUUAUGUACAGUAAUUUUAGAAAAAAUAUUCUUUCUGCGCCAAUUUGUUGUGCGUUCUGUGAUCUUCAAACUUUAAGACAAAAAAGAUGUUGAACACUUAAAAUAACGAAAAAACUGAACUUAUGAUGGUGUUGUAUAGUUAAUUAGAAUUAUCUGGUAGCGCAGGAUUUUGGAUAAAUUUCAAAUUUUAUUAUGGAGGAAACGCCGAAGGAAAAUAUGAAAUACAAUUAAAAAAAUGUUGCUGCUAUCAGACGAACAAUUGUUGCUUCAAUAUUAAUUAUUAUUAAAAAUUAAUUUGAUCUUACUUUAUUUAACAAUCAUACGAAUUAGAUGCCAAAAACAAUCAUGUAACAAUUGAUACUUAAGCAACAAAUAUAGAUUUAUAAUAAACUAAUAAUGUAAUUAUCAUAAAUCCUGCAUUGUGCAUUUUAUCGUACGUACGGAGUGAGCAGGAACAAGAAUAUUUUAUUCAAUUUCAGUAUUUUCUGUGAUACUCUGUAUUGUACCUAAAGAGAUUUCUAUCCUGGGUAAGGUCAAAGUAACACGAAGAACAAAAAAAAUACAUUUAAUUUAUAAGUGUGUUUGUGAAAAUGUGCCACAAUUCGCAAUAGAUUUUUUUAUUGAUCUUCGUGUAUGUGGGACCAUUUUUUUAUUCAUUAUUGCGUUUUUGUAUAUACGAUUGUUGUUCUGUUGUUGAGUCUUUUUUACAUUAUUUUAUUUAUGAUUAUCGAAAAAAAAUGCAUUGCAGGGGAGAUGACAAAUUAAUGUAAAUAUGUAAUUUGAAGAAAAUGGCGGGGUCUAAAUGCAUUACUUAUAGUACCAUAUAUUUAUUUUUUAAUUGUUGUAAUGAAAUCGUUUUGAUUUUCGUUCUGAUUCGGAGCUGUAAUUUAACAGUUUCCAAGUAGACAAAAUCUAAUCACAAUGUAUAUUAAGUAGAUAGUAAAGUAAAAAAAUAGGAUUGCUCAAUUUUUUGAGUACUAGACAAAACUUCAAAGCACUAAAAAAAUCUUAUUUUAUUAACAUACCAAAUGUAGAUGAAUUAUUUUCUAAUUUCCAUUUUCAAUUAAAUACUCUGUUACUAAAUUGUAUGAAAUUUUAUAUUGUACCUGGUCAUUAACAUUUUUAUUAAAUCACUUUUUUAUCUCAA